AUGGAGGCUGCCAGCUCCUCGCAUCAGAGGACAGCUCAGCAUUGAUGGCCAUCACCCGCACGUGGCUGGAGCGCUGACAGCCCCACCAUCCAAGGCCUGGUGAAAACACCCUAACCUUUCCUUAUCAGCAAGGUUCCAGAAACAUGUCCAUAUAUGGUCUACUUGUCAGGGACAAUAAAUAAUGACGUAAUAGAAAGGUCAACUUUGUGUCAUUUAGCUACAGGAUGCUUGAUGAAGUGAAGUUCUUCAGAUAAUGCAACAAAGAAGAACUUUAGGAUGGGCAAAAGUUUCUGCCGUGCAUCUUCAAACAGGAAAUCUGAGAUUCAGAACAACUUAUAUUUUGGCUUGUAUUUGCUGAUCAUGGGGUGAUCCAGAAAUAAACUCCAGGCUUCAAAGUGAGAGCAUUUCAAAGCUGUCCUGCAGUUGAUCGAAACAUCCAGGCAAAGCAGGGAGAUGAAUACCAGCAAGGAUUUUCUGAAUUAAGACUUAAUCAAGGACCAUUUCAACAGUAUUAUUACCCUUUUAUUUCAGAACAAAAAGGAAAGCAAAAAAAAAUAAAAAAUGGCUACAACGGCAGCAAAUACUCAAAGACAAACGAUAGGCUGCGAGGAAUACAGUCUGUACAGUAGCUUGAGUGAAGAUGAGCUUAUAAAGAUGGCCAUCCAGCAGAGCUUGGAAGAGGACCCCGCGGGUCAGUCGGCGGCCCAGAGCCACCAGAAGUCGAUGGUGGCGGGUCCCAGCGAGGCGGCCACCCCGAGCCAUGCCAGCAGCCACAACCCGCCCUACCACAUCUACCCGUGGCAAAGAUUAGCGACCCAGCCGAGAGGCCGUGCUCAGCCAUCCAGCUCAGGGGGAGCCUGGGGGGUCAGGCGAAGGUACGAUGGCAGCCUGUUCAGCACAUCCCAGCCCAUAGAACUUGACCCUGUAGUGGCAGCAAUCAAGGAUGGAGAUGAAAAAGCAGUAUGUAACAUGAUGAAAUCAGGAAAAAACCUUUCUGAACCUAAUAAGGACGGCUGGAUACCCCUCCAUGAAGCUGCGUACUAUGGCCAAGUGGGUUGCCUGAGCCUGUUGCAAAAAGCAUACCCUGGCACAAUCGACCAGCGCACCCUCAACGAGGAGACAGCUCUCUACCUGGCCACCAGCCGGGGCAACCUGGACUGCCUGCUCACCCUGCUGCAGGCUGGGGCCGAGCCCGACAUCUCCAACAAGGCCAGAGAAACGCCGCUCUACAAAGCCUGUGAGCGCAAGAAUGCAGAGGCCGCAAGACUCCUGGUACAGUACAACGCUGAUACCAACCAUCGUUGCAAUCGAGGAUGGACAGCUCUCCAUGAGGCUGUCUCCCGAAACGACCUGGAGAUUAUUGAUAUCCUCGUGAAAGGGGGUGCCAAGAUUGAGUCUGCAAACGCCUAUGGGAUCACUUCUUUAUUUGUGGCAGCUGAGAGUGGGCAGUUGGAAGCUUUGAGAUACCUGGCAAAAUGUGGUGCUGAUAUAAAUACUCAAGCCAGUGACAAUGCCUCUGCACUUUAUGAAGCCUGUAAAAAUGGACACAUACCUAUUGUGGAGUUUCUUUUGUCCCAAGGAGCAGAUGCUAACAAAGCCAAUAAGGAUGGCCUGUUACCUCUUCACAUAGCAGCCAAAAAAGGGAUUUGCGAGAUUGUCUCCAUGCUGAUCCCUGUGACCAGUCGCACCCGCAUCAAGCGCAGCGGUAUCAGCCCCCUGCACUUAGCAGCCGAACGCAACAAUGAUGACAUCUUGGAAGAGCUGAUCGAUGCUGGCUAUGAUGUAAACACCACCCUCUCCAACGAACGAUCCUGCCUUUAUGAGGACAGACGCACCACUCCCCUCUAUUUUGCUGUUUUUAACAACAACAUCUAUGCCACAGAACUCCUGCUGCAAGCUGGAGCCAACCCCAAUGUUGACCUCAUCAACCCAUUACUCAUCUCCAUCCGCCAUGGCUGCCUGAAGACCAUGAAACUGCUCCUUGACCAUGGAGCAAACAUUGAUGCCUAUAUAUCAAGCCAUCCCACUGCAUUUCCAGCUACCAUCAUGUUUUCGAUGAAGUACCUUUCUGUGCUGAAGUAUCUUCUGGAUCUGGGCUGUGACGCAGGUUCCUGUUUUGAGUGUCAGUAUGGAAAUGGCCCACACCCUGCAUUAAAUUACAGACGGGACAGACUUAAUGAUCCUCAGCUGCCCAAGGAACCAACUGUAGUACAGUUUUGUGAAAUGGUGUCUACUCCAGAGAUGAGUCGCUGGGCCGGGCCGAUCAUCGAUGUUCUCCUGGAUUACGUGGGUAACGUGCAGCUCUGUUCCCGGCUCAAGGAGCAUAUUGACAGCUAUGAGGACUGGGCUGUCAUUAAAGAAAAAGCAGAGCCUCCACGACCUCUUUCCCAUCUUUGCCGCAUCAAGGUACGAAGCCUGGUUGGAAGAAACCGCAUUAAACUUCUUGACACCUUGCCUCUCCCACACAGACUGAUUCGAUACUUACGGCAUGAUUACACACAGUGAACCCAGGCACACCGGACACGCAGCGGCUUCCCAGCAUGGCACCCAGCGUCAUUGGCAUGGCGAGGGUGCACAUCCUGCACAGUGGGGAGGAAUUGCUGCUGGCUUGGUCAAGCGCCCUCCAAUAAAUAAUCUAAGAGAAAUAUGCUUCUGAAGCAUGAGUGAGAAGAAAAUGGAGGAGUCAGAGAGCUAAACAUAGGACUGUUGUUAGGUUUGCCAAGAGAAAACACAUACAGUUCACCUCCGAGCUUGGUCUGCAAAGAAUAAGAAAUGAAAGCCAACACUGAAAAAUGAAUAGUGCUGAAGCACUGAGGAAUUGAAGGAUAUCCUGGGGUUGUGGUGGAGCUUAGCCAUCCUUGCUGUGAUCACAAUUCAGAAAUCGUCAAAAGUCAACAUAUUUGGGAAAACAAUCACAUUUCCUUCACUGACUGAGAUUUUUAUUUUAGUUUCUAUUCUACUUUUUGGAUUUUUGCUAAGUGUGCUGGUUGCUAAUUUCUGAUACUUUGACACCAUCUUUCUAACACUUUUGCUUUAAUUUUUGGACCUUUCUUAUUGAGUACUUGAUUUCUGAACAUUCAAAGCUCAGAACUUUUUAAUAGACUCAAAUCCAGAAAUGCUGAUUCCUUUAAAAGUCAAGGGAAGGUUUAUUUAAGACAGAUGUAAGAAUUGUAUUUGCACACAGUAAAUACAGUUCAUGUUGUAUUACAUUUGCAAGAAGUAUUGGGUGAAAUUCUGCUUGAGAGAAUUACCUAGACUGGGGAUUUGAAAGCAGCUCUGAGCUCUUGUUUGGUUGGGUUUUUUUGGUGUAAACUAGUAGUCACUGCACUGUAACCAGUAGCUUUACUCUGUCAUGAAGCUGGUGUCAGAACAGAAUAAAGCCAUAGAGGAGCAUGAAAAGAAAGUGAUGUGCAGGAGAGAAGCAAGGUACAUAGAGAGAGGCAACACUACUAAACCGAUUUUAUAUGUUGCUCCCCUAGCAGAUCUUGUCCCUACAAAAACCAGCCUCUCUUACCUCCUUGGACCUCUGUGGCUUAGCAAUACUAUCACUGGAAGAAAAGAGAGAUUAGUUCAAAAUUAUGAAAGUCAGACUUUGAGAUUUAUGAAAAUGAAUACCCAGAAUUAGGCUUCCGAAUCCUUAUUCAGGUGCCUAACAAUGCCAAGUUGCUUGUGCCAGGUGUACUUCCACUUAAGCCAAUGGGACCACAUUUGGUGUCAGAUAUUACUGAGGCAGAAUAAAAAUCUUAGGAUUUAGCCCUGAAUUUUCUGACUUUGGAAGUUCGAAGUAUCUAUUAGAUCCCUUUGACACUGAUGAAAGUUAUUAUCUCAGCUUCUUUGAAAAUUAGGUCACCUAUUUACAUCUCAGAUCCACAACUGAUUUAUGGCAGCUUAACAAGUUACCAUCUAUCAGCUGAACUGCUAUAAUUGUCCGUGAAAUUCUUUUAUUGAAGUUUUUAACAAGUCACAUUCCCUCACAGCUGGGGAGGCCAAGGAGCCCAUGAAGGGUUAUUGGCAGUGACUACAGCUCAGUUGACAGGUGUGACUUGCUGAACCACUGAUUUGAUGAGUGCCUCAUUCCUGACUAGGCACCUAAGUAAGACAGAGGAGCCUAAAUUUGGAACUACAUCUUUGCAGAUCUUAUGCUAGAAGCCUACUCAUUCUUACCUUAGAUGACAAAGAAGCUGUACACUGUGGUUUGUUUGGAUUCCCCACCAGAGACCUGACAGAUCUGGUUUUGUUUGUUGGCCUGCAUACCGUCCAUGGAAUCAGAUAGACAUGUAAGUAGGGAAAAUGCAUUGCACUGAGUUUUAUUUGUGUGGCGUUUUAUACCUUAACACAGGACUAGAAGUGUAUUGCACACAUACAAGUCUGUCUGGGCACACAAGUUCAGAUUCUGUGAUGGUUUUGUGUGAAAUGUGUUCAGCACUUGUGGGACAGGAUGUGAGCAGAAGAAUUGGUUACAGCUCUGGGGACUCUGUCCAUAGCUGUCCCCUUCCUAAAUGCAAAAGAAGUUGAAAAACCGACAGAGUUUCAAUUCGCACUGAACAGUGAUCUUCUUGCAAAGCUUUGGAAAGUCAGGUGAGAUUCCCUCACUGCUGAAAUUUUGUUUGGCGACUCCCAUUACUACCAGUUUAGGACCUACUCCCUUGUCUCCUGCAGUGUAAACAGGGAAUUGCUUCAGGUUGGAAAAAUACUAGGUGGAGGGAAAGGGGUGGGGAACAGGAAAUCUUUAGACUAGUUUUGCCAGUGAAGACCCUGUACUGGUAAGCAACAGCUUGAGAGAUAGAAAAUCACCUGUGGAGUUUGUGCAUCUCUCAAUUUAUGGGGCUGAGCAGCGAAGGUCUGGGUCCUACGCUCAUUUAAUUUCAAGGACUUUUCUUCUGAUUUAGAUUAAUGUGAGUAACAGUCGUAGAGGGUGGUGGAUACAAACAUGGCUUGGUGGAGAUGAUUUACUUAAGCACUUGCUUGGUGUGCAAUGACAGCCCUAGAGACCACUGACUGAUAGAAGGAUUCACAAUCACCAACUGCAUGUAUAGGCACAGGGGUGGGAUUUCAUAAGCUAUCCCAAACUGGGAAUUUCCCCUGAGUCAACAUUGUUAUGUAUGCAAAAGUCUCAUGAGUUGCAAUUUCUUUUUAUGUCCUUGGAGAAGCUGAAACUGAGUUUGAGUGGAAAAAAAAUGGAAAUUGCACUUCUUCUUUCAACCGAGUGACCUUGAUCUCUACUGGGAGACCCAUGUCCUGGUUGCUCUCAACCACCUGUCCUGAGCAGGAGAGUCAUUGAGCUGGAGAGCACUGGUCUGGUGGGAACAUACCGCACCUGUGGGAAGUCUGAGGGCACACUGCGCACAGAAACCGAGGAGAGAAGAGUCUGUUAGAGGGAGAAUCUGGUAAUUACAGUGUUAUUAAGUCCCUUCUGCUUGAUCCCUACAUUUAUGUGCACUGAAAUGGGGCCCGCUGCCUCUCCACUCCAGUCAUUGACACAAUAUUUUGUGCGCAAUACUGAAUCUACAGAAAUUCAAUGUGCAUUUAAUGCAUCUAUCUAGAAGUUACUGUGAAAAGACAAAUAUCCCAAAACCCAAACAAACCAGGCUUUGUAAGCAGAUCAGUAGUUCUAGUGCAAGGUGAAGUGGCUUGUUUUUACUGAGUGUGAUAGAUAGACUCCUUCAGAGAUGAUAACUUUAUGUGAAAUGUUCUAGGAAUAUUUCAUGACCAGGUUACUGUACUUUUUUUUUUUUUACUGCAACGUGCAAUUCACUUGAUGUUCUUGUGCACUUUUUUGAUUUUUUUAUUUCAUUUUAUAUGAAAGCUUUUUCAUUUACCUCUCCCUUCUCAUUAUUUAUAAAAGCUAUUGUGGGUUCAACAGUUUAAAUUUGCAUUGUUGUAGUAAAUAGCAGCUCUCAAAUGUUAUGUUUCCAUCUUUCAAACAAUGUAUGAAUAAACAAGUAGAUUCUGAAGGGC